GAAAUUCACCUGUAUUUAAUUACAAUCCGAGCAACCGCGUGUGCGUUCGACAUCAAAUAUACUUCUUUUUUAUUGCCACAUGUAACGCACGUGUCGUCCGGUUCCAGGAACUGCAACAGAAUUAACCUUUAAUUUGCCAGAGAGCUUAGAGGAAGACUCGUGAACGUGGUCGAGGAAAAAAAGAAACAUCUUAGAUAGCUCCACUAAGAUUAUUCACGAUAUCGCACUAUUCCCCGCGCACUAUUUCAAUAGGAGCGAAAGAUAAAUGAGGGAUUAACCCGCGCCCCGCUCCAGUCCGUUAAUCCGUGACGUGUUUUCCACGCGCCAUCUCCAUGUUUUGACUACCACCACCAACAGCAACACAGUGAACCCUGCCAACACAUAGCCGUUGCGCUUGCAAUCCCCUCUGUGUUUUUCAACAAAAUGGCUGAUUUAGGGGAUGAUACCGGAGCGAGAGCCCUGCUGGCCCUCAAAUCUGCGCCUUGUAGCCCGGUGGCCGUUUCUAUCGCGCCCGUGUACACUCUCUCCUCCUCGACUUCGCCCGGGAUCACAUCAUCCAUGCCCCUCUCCCCUCCGUCGCAGGCCCUCGCUCGCCUGGAAGGCAGGGACUUCGAGUUCGUCAUGCGCCAGAGGACGGUGACCGUAGGGCGGAAUUCGUCGCACGGCUCCGUGGAUGUCAACAUGGGCCACUCGAGCUUCAUUUCCAGGAGACAUCUGCAGAUCUCCUUCGAGGAGCCGCAUUUCUACCUGCGUUGUCUCGGCAAGAACGGUGUGUUUGUCGAUGGCGUUUUCCAGAGGAGAGGCGCACCUCCACUUCUCUUACCGAGGGAGUGCACAUUUCGAUUUCCCAGCACAGUGAUAAAGAUUCAGUUUACGGCGCUAUACCACAAGGAGACACAGAAAGAGGAAGCUCCUGUAUCCCCUGUGAGACCCCUUUAUCCGCAAAUCUCGCCGCUGAAAAUCAGCAUUCCUGAAAAUGACUUCAGAAGCAUGAUGAGUCCCCUGCCUUCGCCGACAGGAACUAUUAGUGUUCCCAAUUCCUGCCCAGCAAGCCCUCGGGGCGCAGGUUCCUCGGGAUACCGUUACGGGCGCAACAUCACCUCAGAUCUCCAGCUGGCAGCAGAAUACGCAGCCAAAGCUGUGUCAGAACAGCGCACUGAAGCCACAGGAGGAGACAGUCCCAAGGAUGAGUCCAAACCUCCAUACUCGUACGCUCAGCUGAUAGUCCAGGCCAUCUCGUCUGCGCCGGACAGACAGCUAACACUAAGUGGCAUCUACGCUCACAUCACCAAGCAUUAUCCUUACUACAGGACGGCCGACAAAGGCUGGCAGAACUCCAUUAGACACAACCUGUCUCUGAACCGCUACUUUAUUAAAGUGCCACGCUCACAGGAAGAGCCAGGCAAAGGUUCGUUCUGGCGCGUCGACCCCUCAUCAGAGUCUAAGUUGGUGGAGCAGGCCUUCAGAAAGCGCAGACAGAGAGGAGUGUCCUGCUUCCGCACACCCUUCGGCCCGCUGUCCUCAAGGAGUGCUCCAGCCUCUCCCACCCACUCCGGCCUCCUCUCUCCGCAUUCGAGCGGCCUCCAGACCCCCGAGUGUCUGUCACGGGAAGGAUCGCCAGUGUCUCAUGAACAUGACUUUGGUUCCAAGCUUGCCUCUGUGCCUGAGUACCGAUACUCCCAGAGUGCACCAGGCUCUCCAGUGAGCGCUCAGCCUGUAAUCAUGGCCGUACCACCUCAGUCCUCAGCCGCGAUACCCAAGCCUGUGGCUUACAUGCCGGCCUCCAUCAUUAGCUCCUCCCAGGCCUCUGGUCAGGCCAUCCAUGUGGUGCAGCAGGCGCCAGCUGUCACCAUGGUCCGAGUAGUGACCACCUCGACCAGCUCCCCCAAUGGCUACAUUCUGGCUAACACCACCUCAUCAGGCUCUGGAGAGGGACAUGGAGAUCAAAGAGUGGAGGAGAUGCCUGUGGUUGGCAGUAGAGUUAUUCAGGCUGUAGGGAGUCACAUAAGUUCAGCUAAUAGGGGGCAGCAGAGCUACACUGUUGUCCAGCAGAGUGCCAUGCACCACCUUCCUGUGCAGACCAUUGCCCAGAACGGCAAACAUGCUCUUCCUGUCGCCAGCGUACCAACCAGUGCUUACGCCCUCACCAAUCCUCUUCAGAUCUUGGCAGCCCAGGCUUCGACAUCCCCACCCGUGCUGGUCAACAGGCCCUCCAGCAUGGAAACCGACGAAUCGAGCAUCGACGAGCCCGAGCCCAAACGGUCCAAAAUGGAGGAGGACAGUGUGGCUCCGGUCCCUCAGCCUGUAAUUGUUGCAAUGAACCAAGAGGCCAGCGAAUGAACGAGUGAGUGAGCGAGAGAGCCGACGACGGAUCUUUUAAAGCACAUCUCGCGAUAUCGUUAAACACAUUGAGCGAAACGUGUUUGGUUUUCUUUAAAACGAGAACUCAAAAAGUUUUGUAAACGCCCAACGCGGAUAACCGACCGAAUGUCUUUGUAAGAAGAGGUUGUUUCAUGGGGGAAAAUUCAAUGAGCUACAUCUGGCAGCAUUAAAAAUUCAAUGCUCACAAAGUUUUAAUUUUGUAGGGGGUUUUUAAUCUUGGAAGAAUGAAAGACGUAUGAAGAGAGGUACAUGUGCUUAAAGACACACCAGCUAGGCAUGUGCGCCCAGGUAGUUCCUCACAAGGUACAGCUGAGAGAAAGUUAUUUUCGGGUUGGGGUGGGACCAAUACCUAUGCAGCUAUUACAGUUUGAGACCAUGGGCGUCUCUGAAUUGAAGCAGUGUAUUAAAAAAGGGUCACAGGAGCUGUGCGCCACCGCAGUUACCUGUGCGGCCUUCGUGAGGAUUUAUUUAUCUCUCUGUUUAAAAGAAAAAAGGCCAUCUUUAUUGAAACAAGAUUGUUACAACUCAAAGCAGAAAUAGAUAGAAUAGAGGCCUUUUCUAGCUGGAGUUCUUUAACUUACAUUAUAGUGUACAAUGUAUUUUUUCUGUGGAGGAUUCUCACCUUGCUUGCUUACCACAAAGAGAAAUGUCUAGAAAAAUUCUAAUUUCGUAAUUGGUCUAUGUUUAGCGCAAAAUUAAAAAGAGCUGGAUGAAUGUAAGUAGCGUUUGUUUAUUUGUUAUGGCACCCACCUUUGACCUAAACAACAUAUUAAGCCAUUAGAAUGUGUUUGUAGAUAGAUUUUCGGUGUUUUGUGUUUAAAAAAAGAUAUUUAAAGUAGCUCAGUCCAUCCCCGUUAGCACUUGGCCAAACCUUCUGUUCCAUUAGCAACAUGAUCCCGAUUGCAUCAGUGGAUGAAUGCAAGCACACAAUACGUCGCUGAUGUAUCUGAUGUCAACCAAAUGCUUUUCCAGACGUAGGAAUGUAACUGUUCAUAUUGAUUGUUGCAGAGGCUGUUUCUUCGCUGACUUUCUGUGAUCGCUUAAUAAUCACAGAAGCCACUAAAUGAAUGUUCAGUAUUUUUGUCUGAGAGUUCAAAAAGCUUAUUUUUUAGUAAUAUACACAGUCAGCCUUUAAUGAGACUUUCUAGUUUUACUAAGAGAAGAGUAAAUAUAUAUUGUUAGAAUUAUUCAAAUGUUUUCUCGAGACAAUCACUAACAGGAUUCAGUUCGGAAACUGCUUUGUAUGUCGCAAAUUAUAAAGUAGCUUUACGCGAGCUGCCGAUAGCUUCUUUGUAUGCUAGUGUAGUCGUACAGUGACAGCCGUACAGUGUUCCUUUUGUAGUCGAAAUGCAAACUUUAACAGACCAAAUACAUAUCCUCAUCAUUAGUGCCUUAGUGCUUCACUUCUUUCAGGACUAAAUGAAACGAAAAAACAUUGUGAUGUACUACUUAAGAUGACAACAACAUCAAACUUACCUACUGAGGAGUUAACUUGCAGGUUUCAAAGGGUUAUUCUACCCCAGAAUGAAAAUAUUGUCAAUAAUCACUUACCCCCAUGUUGUUCCAAACCCGUAAAAGCUUCGUUCGACCUCGGAACACAAAUUAAAGUAUCUGACAGCUCUCUGACCCUCCAUAGACAGCGACGUAAUUAAGACGAUCAACGUCCAGAAACGUAGCAAGGAUAUCGGUAAAAUAGUCCAUGUGACAUCAGGGGUUCAACGGUAAUUUUACGAAGCCGCGAGAAUACUCUUGUACGCAAAUAAAGCAAAAAUAACGACUUUAUUCAACAAUUAGUCUCCACUGCAUUACCGUAGCGCUAUUUUGGAGCUAUACGUUUUCUACAUGUAUUUAUGCUUUCAUUCGAACGGAAACAACGUUUUUUUUGCGGCUGACAGAUCAGCAUGAUCCAUUUGUGUUCAGGGGCUCCAAAAUGCGGUGGAGACGAAUUGUUGAAUAAAGUCAUUAUUUUUGUUUUCUUUGCGUACAAAAAGUAUUCUCGUAGCUUCGUUAAUUACAUUGCUGUCUAUGGUAGGGUCAGAGAACAUCAAAAAUAUUUUAUUUGGUGUUCCGAAGACGAACAAAGCUUUUACGGGUUUGGGACAACAUUGGGGUAAGUGAUUAAUGACAAAAUUUUCAUUUUGAGGUUAAAUAAUUCUUGAAUGAACACAUCUUGUAAGGAAAAAAAGAUGAACUACAGCAUUCUGCCUGUUUAAAAAUGUCUAGAGAUGAUGAAUCAUGUUGUGACUGGAAUUGACUCAGCAAUAGAGCUGUCAAACCAUUAAUCGCAUGCAAAAUAAAAGUUUGUGUUUACAUAAUAAUACAGUACGUGUACUGUGUAGUUAUUAAUUACGUAUAUAUAAAUACACACAUACAAGUGUGUAUUUUUAAAAAAAUAUAUAUAUAUUUAAAUAUAUAUGUGCAUGUGUCUGUGUUUAUAUAUACAUCAUUAAUAUACACAGUAAACACACAUAUAUGAACACAAACUUAUUUUGUAUGCGAUUAAUCGUGAUUAAUCGUUUGACCGCCCUACUGCGUGAUACAAAAAAAGUAGACAGGAAAUGAAAUCCUGCUGGUUCUUUUUCUUUAAAACUUCUUAUAGCUCAGUGGACUAAUGCUUAGAUCAAGAGAAAUCUGCCAGUAAACAGAAAAUAAGUCUUUUGGUGGAUUUAAAAAAUUACACUUUGCUGAAAUUCACUCUCUCAGGCCAUCCAAGAUGUAGAUGAGUUUUUCUUCGUCUGAACCGAUUUUGAGAGAUUGAGUAUUACAGAACUUGCUCACCAAUGGAUCCACUGCAGUGAAUGGGUGCCAUCAGAAUGACAGUCCAAACAGCUGAUUAAAACAUCACAAUAAUUCACCAGUAAUCCAUAUGACUCCAGUCCAGCUUGUGAACUGAAAAUGUGUGCGGUUGUAAGAAAUAAUCUAUUUUAAGACAUUUAUUAACUUCAGAUGGUUUCUUCUGGCUAUCUGUUAUAUAUUCUAUUAUAUUGCUUUCUCCAGAGAAAGUCAGCAAGUGAUGUAAUGCUAAAUUUCUCUAAAUAUGUUCUGAUGAAUGAACAAACCAAGAAGAAAUCUUAGAUGGCUUGAGGGCGAGUACAUUUGAAGCAAAUUUCCAUUUACGAUUCAGCUUUUAAAGGACUUUUGGAUUCAAACGAUCCAGAUAUCAUUAAAAAAAACAGAGAUUGUUUAUAAUUAGUUUGAUUAGAUGUGGCUUUUUGUUUCAUGUAUUCACAUGGGCUUCAAUAAACACGAUAAAUGAGAGAACCACUACUGCAUUUGAAGUAUAAUUUUCUUUAAAAAUCAAGAACAAAAUUUUGAUUUGCCUGACAAAUAAAAGAGAUCCAUAUAUGUUUUUUUUUUUUUCUUCUUCUUUUAGAACCAGUAUAAUGGUGAAACAAACAUUGUCUGUCAUUGUUAACACACUUAUCGUACAGAACAAGCUAUCACUGCCUAAAUGUGUUUUGUUUUUCAUAAUUUUUUUUCACAAUCUGUCACAGUGUCUGUAUGCGUAUAUAACCAUGGAGUAUUUUUAUCACACGGAUUCAAAGAUUUCUUUUUAUAAUUUCUUUUUGUGCUUUUUGUGUUGUGCAUAUUAGCAUAUGCAAGUGUUUAUACACUAAACAUUUCUAAUUUAAACUGAUGUAGGUUUUUCUGUCUCUUCCGGAUCUAUUUGAAAGAUAUAAUCUGUUUGCAUUGUGCACACAACACCCACUCAAAUGCUUUGUGAGAUACAUGCUGUGCAUCUGUGAAUGUCUGCCGUUUUUUUUCUGUUUUUAAUGUGUAUUCAAGUACACAGUGUAUGAGGGCUAUUCUUAUGUCCAUGCAUUUUAUGCAAUGGUGUAUCUGGAAUGAAUAAAAAUACUUCACUGGCUAAUCUUUUAAA